AUGACAGCUGUUCUCUCUACCAUCCUUCCUCUUGCACUCGCUGCCUCGGCGCGCGCUUGGCUACAGACCAACACCGGCACAGCAUCUUUCACUUACUAUAGUAGCUGCGAUCAUCCUGCAUGCGGUAUCGACACCACGAGCGGCUACACAGCUGCGAUCAGCCAGCUCACGUUUGGCAGUGCACCAGGCCUCGGUGCCGGCGACGCAUGUGGCCGCUGCUUCAAGAUCAGCGCCACAGCGGACCCCUACAACCCAUCGUACACCGGCCCAUUCGGCGACACCAUCAUAGUGAAGGUCACGGACAUGUGCCCCAUCGCUGGCAACUCCGAGUGGUGCGGUCAGACGACUGCAAGCCCGGAGAACACGCACGGUGCAUCGGUUCACUUUGACCUUUGCACGGACACCGGUGCCGAUAAGGUGUUCUUCCCGAACGGCCAUGGCGCGCUCACUGGCAGUUACGAGGAAGUGGAUUGCUCGCAGUGGUCGGGAGCAGAUAGCACGGUCAGUCAAUGGAAUGGCGCGUGCCUAGCUGGAGAGACCGCUGGGCUCUGGCCGGGUACUACUGGUUGCGGCAACCAGGGUACAUCUGUGUAA